UCCAAAUCCAAAACCCAAAAACUGCUGCCAUUCCCGCCCUUCGCACCUCUCUCUCAUGGCGGAGAAAGGGAAGGCGGCGUCUCUCCCGGCGGGAUCGGCGCGAUCGAGGGUGGACAAGUCGUUCAAGCGCGCCCUUCUUCCUCUCCUCUCCACUGGCUCCAUGGAGGAGAUCCGCAAAGCCUUUCCAAGUUUUUCAAGUGAUGACCAACAACGUCUCCAGCAGUUAUUCAUCAAGGUUAUUACUUCACUGCAUGGACACAUAGAGGAUGUUUUUGAAUCACUCUGUGAUGAAAUGAAGGUGGGAACAGUUCUGGAUACUGUGGAACAACUUGUUGAGGAACAGAGUCUAGACCUUCUGAAGUCAGAUAACACAAACGUAUUGGACAUCGCAAGAGAUUUGUCAGUGUCGAAGAAGAACGAGAUUCAGCACUUGAGCGAAGUGCUGGAAAAGGCUGAAGGGCAUAAUCUCCAAAUCCGUUCUCGUCUGGAGCUGAUCAAGAAAGGGAGACAACAAUUAUCUGUCACUGAAGAUGCUCUUCAGAAGCUGUUGGAUUAAUGCAAAUCGAGCAGUUGAUGAGUGAGAUGCAGAGUUACAAGACAUUCAGCAGUUGAAGGCCCUUACAUCGAGAAAACUCAUAACUCCAAUCGCUCUGAGGAAAUUGCUCCAACUUUUGUGUUGAUAUACAACAUUUGUACGAGUCAACAAGCUGAGUUAUAAUUUCUCCCCUGGCACUUCCUUUUGUUGUGUGAAAGAAAGUAUGCCUUUUGGACCGACUGUAUGAUGCUAUUGAAAUACUGCGGGGCGGGAAUUAAGCUUUCA